UCGGCGGUCGCUCGGCUCCGUCCUCUGGAAGCUCCUCCUUGCACGUCCUGGACCACAGUCGCCCAUGUGGAUCUGUGGUCCUUCACGCGAGAACGUUUGGUGUGGAUUACCAGCUGUCGACCGGUCAGCCGGUUUCGGGCGAUCCACGGACUUGGUCGCACAACUAAAAAAAGCAGCUUUGAAAACGUCUAUAUUUUUCUCGAAAGGUCUUUUUACCUGCCAUCAGAUGUGCGACACGAACUCGACGCGUUUCUGAGAGCGUCUCUUAGUUUAUACCCAUGA